ACCAAAGCCUUUGGUGUAUGACAGAACCGGUCGAGUGCGAUUUAAUUUUAAAAUUCUGGUUCUCCUUUCUUGAUGUGGGACACAACAAAAUGGUUCUCCAGUAAGAAGAAGAAAAAAAAUCUCCUCUAAGAAACCGUGCGUCUUGCAACUGAAGUCACCAGAAAUCCAGCUGCUUCGGGAUUUAAUGGGCUCUUCCAAAGAUGUUAAGGGACUUGUGAGAAAUCUGCAGCACGGCGAGAAAAUCCGGUGAAAGACAAUGCUAAACUGCAUUAGCGCUGUGCAAGGGUGGACCUAAAAGUUAUGAAGUGGUACCUAUCGUAACAACAAGCAAAUAUUGUUCUCGUUUAUUUAAUCAAGACUCGAACUAAUCAGAUCUUCAAGCAAUGGCAACAGAAGUGGUGUGUGGAUUGAUCUUCAGAUUGCUACUUCCAAUAUGUCUCGUAGCUGCAUGUGUGUUCCGUUACAAUGGGCUCUCUUUUGUCUACCUCGUCUACCUCUUGCUCAUUCCUCUAUUUUCAGAACCCACAAAAACAACGAUGCAAGGACAUACAGGACGGUUAUUAAAAUCCUUGUGUUUCAUCAGUCUAUCAUUCCUGCUGCUGCACAUCAUCUUCCAAAUCACAAUAAACAGCCUUGAAGCUGGAAACAGUAUUGAACCUGGUUUUAACUGUUCUACAUGGGAGAAAACAUUACGACAGAUCGGUUUUGAAAGUGUGAAGGGAGCUGAUGCUGGCAACGUGAUCAGAGUGUUUGUACCAGAUAUUGGGAUGUUCAUUGCUAGCUUGACCAUAUGGCUUGUCUGCAGAAACGUUGUGCUGAAGCCAGUGACAGAGGAUGCAGCACAGUACAACACACAAUUUGAAAAUGAAGAAAUGGCUGGAAGAGAAAAGUUAGAGCCAGAUGAUGCAUUAAUAUGUGAAGAUUUGGAUGGUAGAGAAAAUAGCGAAGAGGAAUUUGAAGAAACCACAAAAUUAAAACUAUUACGCAGAAUUGCCUCAGUGGCUUCCAAAUUGAAAGAGUUUAUUGGAAAUAUUAUAACCACCGCUGGAAAAGUUGUUGUUACAAUUUUACUUGGUUCAACAGGCAUGAUGCUGCCAUCUUUGACGUCAGCUGUGUAUUUCUUUGUAUUUUUGGGGCUGUGUACAUGGUGGUCCUGUUGCCUAGCAUUUGAUCCGCUGAUAUUCAGCUGUCUGUGUGUAUUAAUGGCUAUAUACAGUGCGGGGCACUUGAUUGGACUUUAUCUGUACCAGUUACAAUUCUUUCAGGAAGUUGUUCCUCCAAAGGACUACUAUGCAAGGUUAUUUGGUGUCACUUCAGUAAUUCAAACCAACUGCUCAAGCACCUGGAAGAUCAUAGCAAACCAAGACCUACUCUGGUAUCACCAUGCCAGUCCCAUAUUACUGCUUGUGAUGUACUACACCCUGGCAACUCUUAUUCGCCUUUGGCUACAAGAGCCCGUUGUAAGGGAGAUAGAUGAUGAUGAGAAAUCUGGUAUCAGCGAAGAAGACAAAGAAACAGACUGCAACCCAACCUCAAGGAGACGAAGUUUGUGGUAUGCAAGCCACUACACAGCUGAUGAGAGAAAACUUCUGUCAAUGACUCAAGAUGAAUACAAGUCAUCUGAUGUCCUGCUCGUAACAGUGAAUGGGACUCCUGUAGAUUAUCACACCAUGCACCCCACACUGCACUUGGAGAAUGGCCCUGCCAAAGCUGAUAUGUACUCAACCCCACAGUAUAAAUGGGAGCCAUCAGAUGACAUGUCAGAAAAGAAAGAAGAGGACGAUGAGGAAGAAGAGGAGGAGGAAGAUGUUCAGGAGAAAAAAGAAAAUGUUAAAAUACAUGCUAUGGUCUCUGUCUUCCAUUUUAUCAUGAAACAAAGUUACAUUUGUGCUCUGAUUGCAAUGAUGGCUUGGAGUAUCACUUAUCACAGUUGGUUGACUUUUGUGUUAUUGAUCUGGUCCUGCACGCUUUGGAUGAUUCGUGACCGAAGGAAAUACGCUAUGAUCAGUUCACCUUUCAUGGUUGUUUAUGGAAAUUUGCUGUUAACAUUACAGUAUAUAUGGAGUAUUGACCUCAAUAAUGAUGAGCUUCCUAAAGUUUCUGGAUUUUUAGAAAAGAAGGAUCCUGGGGAAUUAGCAUCAAAGAUCCUUUUCACAAUUACUUUCUGGCUACUGCUUAGGCAACACCUCACAGAGCGGAAAGUGCUUCAGCUAAAAGAAGCUACUUUAGCUGAGGUCAAAGUUGAAGAUGAAGAAAAUGAAGAAAAAGAAGAGGAAUUGCAAGACGGGGAAGUGACAGAGGAAGCAGAUGAAGAAGAUGAGGAUGAACAGGACAUUAUGAAAGUCCUCGGAAACUUGGUGAUGGCUAUGUUCAUUAAGUACUGGAUUUAUGUCUGUGGAGGAAUGUUCUUCUUCGUCAGCUUUGAGGGUAGAAUUGUCAUGUACAAAAUCAUCUAUAUGAUGCUCUUCCUCUUCUGUGUGGCCCUGUACCAGGUACACUAUGAAUGGUGGAGGCGAAUCCUAAAAUAUUUUUGGAUGUCAGUGGUUGUUUACACUAUGCUGGUGCUUAUCUUCAUCUAUACAUAUCAAUUUGAAUCAUUUCCUGGCUUGUGGAUGAACAUGACAGGGCUAGAUGAAAAAAAACUAGAGGAUCUUGGUUUAAAACAGUUUUCUGUGGCUGAGCUAUUCACACGUAUCUUUAUUCCAACCUCUUUCUUAUUGGUGUGUAUAUUACACCUUCAUUACUUCCAUGACCGUUUCCUCCAGCUCACUGACUUAAAAGCUGUAACCAGCAAACAGGACAGCGCUAUUUACAGACUGGUGCACCAAGAUGGAAGUAUGCCUGACAUAACCAUGCUGAAUUUAACUGCCAGCAAGGAAGAGGAUAAAAAUCUGGAAGAGCAUGGUGAUGAAAGAAUGGAAGAGAGAGAUGGGGAGGGAGAGAAAGAUGGGGAUGAAGAAGAGAAAGAGAAAGAGGAGGAAGAGGAAGAGGAGGAUGAUGAAUCUGAUGUAGAAGAAACUUCCGAUUUAAAGAAUAAGUGGCAUCUGGUGAUUGACCGCCUCACGGUGCUAUUCUUGAAAUUCCUGGAAUAUUUUCAUAAACUGCAAGUUUUUGUGUGGUGGCUUUUGGAGCUGCAUAUUAUCAAAAUUGUUUCUUCAUACAUCAUCUGGGUCACAGUGAAAGAGGUGUCUCUGUUUAACUUUGUGUUUUUGAUUGCCUGGGCUCUUGCUUUGCCAUAUGCUCAAUUCCGCCCAUUGGCAUCAAGUGUCUGCACUGUUUGGACAUGUGUGAUUAUCGUCUGCAAAAUGUUAUAUCAGCUCACAUCUAUUGACCCUAGCACCUUUUCCAGUAACUGUACAAUGCCUACAGAAAAUGAAACUGACAUAGGCAGUGAAGAACUGAAGACAUCGCUUCUCUACAGCGCACCCAUUGAUCCUACAGAGUGGGUUGGAUUAAGGAAGUCUUAUCCCCUGCUUGUAUACUUAAGGAAUAACUUACUGAUGCUGGCUAUUCUGGCCUUUGAAGUUACAAUAUACCGGCAUCAGGAGUACUAUAGAUGUCGAAAUAAUCUUACUGUACCUGUGACUAAAACCAUUUUCCAUGAUAUUACAAGAUUACAUUUGGAUGAUGGACUUGUAAACUGUGCCAAGUAUUUCAUAAACUACUUCUUCUACAAGUUUGGGUUGGAGACCUGUUUCCUACUGUCAGUUAAUGUAAUUGGUCAACGAAUGGAUUUCUUUGCCAUGAUUCAUGCCUUCUGGUUAAUUGCUGUAUUAUAUCGACGUAGAAGAAAAGCUAUUGCAGAGAUUUGGCCAAAGUACUGCUGUUUUCUGGCAUGCACCAUUAUAUUCCAGUACUUCAUUUGUAUUGGCAUUCCACCUGCUCCUUGUAAAGACUAUCCAUGGAGAAGCCCUAAUGCCAACUUCAACUCCAACAUCAUAAAGUGGUUAUACUUUCCAGACUUCAUUGAAAGACCAAAUCCUAUUUUUCUUGUCUACGAUUUCAUGUUGCUACUCUGUGCAUCCUUACAAAGACAAAUGUUUGAGGAUGAAAAUAAGGCUGCUGUGCGAAUCAUGGCUGGGGACAAUGUGGAAAUUUGCAUGAACCUUGAUGCAGCGUCAUUUAGCCAGCACAACCCUGUUCCCGACUUCAUUCACUGCCGAUCCUACUUAGAUAUGUAUAAAGUGAUAAUAUUUAGUUACCUCUUCUGGUUUGUGCUUACUAUCAUCUUCAUCACGGGAACUACAAGAAUCAGCAUAUUUUGUAUGGGUUACUUGGUGGCCUGUUUCUAUUUCCUGCUCUUUGGUGGUGAUCUAUUAUUGAAACCUAUCAGAAGCAUUCUGCGUUAUUGGGACUGGCUGAUUGCAUACAAUGUCUUUGUGAUUACAAUGAAAAACAUACUGUCGAUAGGAGCAUGUGGCUACAUUGAGUCAUUAAUACGAAACAGUUGCUGGCUGAUUCAAGCAUUUAGCUUGGCUUGUACGGUUAAAGGAUACCAUCAACCUAAAGAAACUGGAGACUGUAAACUGCCUAGCGGUGAGGCAGGAAUUAUUUGGGACAGUAUAUGCUUUGCUUUCCUGCUGCUGCAGAGAAGAGUCUUCAUGAGCUACUACUUCCUACAUGUGGUUGCUGAUAUAAAAGCUUCACAGAUCCUGGCAUCAAGAGGUGCUGAACUUUUCCAGGCCACAAUUGUCAAGGCAGUAAAGGCAAGAAUUGAAGAAGAGAAAAAAUCAAUGGAUCAAUUGAAGAGACAGAUGGACCGCAUCAAAGCCAGGCAACAAAAAUACAAGAAGGGUAAAGAAAGAAUGCUGAGCAUGACCCAAGAAUCAACAGAAGGGCAAGACAUUCAAAAGGCUUCUGAAGAAGAUGAUGAAGGAGAAGCAGACAAAGAGAAAACCAAGGGCAAAAAAAAGCUGUGGUGGCGGCCUUGGGUUGAUCAUGCUUCCAUGGUCAGAAGUGGAGAUUAUUAUUUAUUUGAAACGGAUAGUGAAGAAGAAGAGGAGGAUGAAAAAAAAGAUGAUGAAGAACCUCGGAGGAGAUCUGCAUUCCAGUUUGUGUAUCAGGCCUGGAUUACUGAUCCUAAAACUGCACUUCGACAGAGGCGCAAAGAAAAGAAAAAGUUUGGGAAGGAAGACAAGCGAAGGCGAAAAGGAUCAGGGGAUGGAGCUACUGAUGUAGAACAUGAAGAGAGAGAAGAUGAACCUGUCAAAAAGAAAUCAGAUGGGCCAGAUAAUAUCAUCAAAAGAAUAUUUAAUAUUUUGAAGUUCACCUGGGUCCUUUUCCUGGCAACACUAGAUAGUUUUACAGCUUGGCUCAAUUCCAUUUCAAGAGAGCACAUUGAUAUCUCUACUGUGCUGAAAAUUGAGAGAUGUAUGCUGACCAGGGAAAUUAAAAAGGGGAAUGUUCCAACUCGUGAGAGCAUCCAUAUGUAUUACCAGAACCAUAUGAUGAAGCUUUCUAAGGAAUCAGGACUGGACACAAUUGAUGAAAAUCCUGGUCAAGAUUCUAGUUUACAGGCAUCUGAGAGGAUGGAUAGUUUAGAUUCAGCUGCUUCUCAUGACAGUAUUUCCAGUGAACCUACCCAGGUCACCCUGCUGUAUUCUCGUCAGGGCACAACAGAAACCAUUGAAGAAGUAGAAGGGGAGCAUGAAGAAGAAGGGACAGGUUCUACAUCAAGACGAGAGGAUGAGGUGGAUGAUUAUGGCUUGGAUUCAGAGGGAGCUGCGUACACAUCUGAUACUGACGUGCCAUCAUACUCUGCUGCGGAUGGCAAUGCUGAAGUCCCACCUUCAUACAGCAAAGCUGUCAGCUUUGGUCAUCUUUCCUUCAGUUCCCAGGAUGACUCUGCUGGCAAAAACUUCAUGAUGGUGAGCCCAGACGACAGUCAAAUUGACAAGCUAAAUGAUACUAUCCUCCCUCCAUUGACACACGACCUGACUGCCAGUGAGCUGCUUCUAAACAAAAUGUUUCGUGAUGAAGAGCUGGAGGAAUCUGAGAAAUUCUACAGUGGUCAGCCUCGACUAUUGCUUCUCGUUUAUGCCCUGUAUAAUACACUAGUGGCCCGGUCAGAAAUGGUGUGUUAUUUUGUGAUUAUCCUUAAUCACAUGAUCUCUGCCUCCAUGAUUACUCUUGUGCUUCCCAUCCUUAUAUUCCUUUGGGCCAUGCUGUCUGUCCCCAGGCCUAGCAAACGCUUCUGGAUGACAGCCAUUGUCUACACUGAGGUGACCAUUGUUAUCAAGUACUUCUUCCAGUUUGGCUUCUUUCCCUGGAAUAAACAUGUGGAUUACACCAAAGAUAAACCUUACCAUCCACCCAAUAUUAUUGGUAUUGAAAAGAAAGAGGGUUAUGUGCACUAUGACCUUGUUCAGCUCCUUGCUUUGUUCUUCCAUCGAUCCAUUUUAAAGUGCCAUGGGUUAUGGGAUGAAGAUGAUGAAGGUGAAAGUUGCAGUAGUAAAGAGGAAUAUGGCGAUGAACUCUCACUGGCAGCAGACAGGAGAGAUUCUGCUGACUCUUUAAAGUCAGUGAACCUUGCGGCUUCUGUGGAGUCCAUACAUGUCCAUUUCCCAGAACAACAGACUGCCAUCAGGAGAAAAAGUUCCAGCAGUGGGUCACAACUUUCACACAGAUCCAGUUUCUCCUCACAGAGGUCAAAGAGAGGGAGUACCAGUACACGAAACAGCAGUCAGAGAGGAAGCAGUGUGUUAAGCAUUAAGCAAAAAUCUAGAAAAGAGCUUCUUAUGGAAAAGUUUCGAGAGCAAAUGGUCAAAGCAAAGGCAUUUACAAUUAAAAAGACUCUUCAAAUAUAUGUGCCCAUCAGACAGUUUUUCUACAAUCUCAUUCACCCGGAAUACAGUGCUGUGACUGAUGUUUAUGUGCUGAUGUUCCUCGCAGAUACUGUGGACUUCAUCAUCAUUGUGUUUGGCUUUUGGGCUUUUGGGAAACAUUCUGCUGCAGCAGAUAUCACCUCUUCAUUAUCAGAAGACCAGGUACCAGAGGCAUUCCUGGUGAUGGUGCUCAUUCAGUUUGGGACCAUGGUGGUAGACCGAGCACUGUACCUCAGAAAGACUGUCAUGGGAAAAGUCAUCUUCCAGGUCAUUCUUGUUUUUGGGAUACACUUUUGGAUGUUCUUUAUCUUGCCUGGAGUAACUGAAAGGAAAUUUAGCCAAAACACAGUUGCCCAGCUCUGGUAUUUUGUGAAAUGUGUUUAUUUUGGGUUAUCGGCAUAUCAGAUUCGUUGUGGUUACCCAACCCGUGUUCUUGGCAACUUCCUCACCAAAAGUUACAACUAUGUAAACCUCUUCUUAUUUCAAGGAUUCCGUCUGGUUCCAUUUUUGACUGAGUUGAGAGCAGUAAUGGACUGGGUUUGGACUGAUACCACUCUGAGCCUUUCCAGCUGGAUCUGUGUUGAGGAUAUUUAUGCUCAUAUAUUUAUCUUGAAAUGUUGGCGAGAGUCUGAAAAGAGAUACCCCCAGCCAAGAGGCCAGAAGAAAAAGAAAGUUGUGAAGUAUGGAAUGGGUGGCAUGAUUGUUGUCUUGCUGAUUUGUAUUGUCUGGUUUCCUCUACUCUUCAUGUCUUUAGUCAAAUCUGUUGCAGGCGUCACCAACAGGCCUCUUGAUGUAUCAAUCACAAUAACCCUCGGAGGUUAUCAGCCUAUUUUUACAAUGAGUGCUCAGCAGAACCAGCUCAAGGAUUUGAAUCAAACUGAGUAUGAUUUGUUUCAAGGAGAAUAUUCGGGUAAUACUGGUGCUUUGCAGUUUCUAGAAAGCUAUGGAAAAGAAGAUAUAACUGUAGCAGAACUAGAAGGGAAUUCAAAUUCAUUGUGGACUAUCAGCCCUCCCAGUAGAAAGAAAAUGAUUCAAGGUCUCCAGGAUUUUUCUGCUGAGUUCACUCUAGUUCUUUCAUGGAGUAUUCAGAGAAACCUCUCUCUUGGUGCAAAAGCAGAAAUAGCAUCGGAUAAGAUUUCCUGUAACCUACUGAACAAAACUAGAGAAAAUAUCGCUACAAUGAUGUCUGGGGAUGACACGGUAAAGAAGGUGAUGCUAGAAAUGAUGUUUCCAUACUACAUCAAGGCACCUAGUGAUUCUCUGGCAAAACCCAUAAAGCAGCUAUGGAAAGAGGGGAGGAUGGAAAACAUCACUGUUUCUCUUGUCAAAAAUGAGUCUAAAGAUGGGGUUCGUGAAUGGUGGGUUCUCAAUCAGCUUGGAAAAAGAUACAGACAGGAAGAAAGUCUUGAACUCUUUGUAUUCAGUGACAAAGUUAGCCCUCCUAGCCUGGGAUUCUUGGCUGGCUAUGGUAUAAUGGGACUUUACGCCUCAGUUGUCCUGGUGAUAGGGAAGUUUGUCCGUGAGUUUUUCAGCGGGAUCUCUCACUCCAUCAUGUUUGAAGAACUACCAAACGUGGACCGUAUCUUGAAGUUGUGUACUGACAUUUUCUUAGUAAGAGAGACUGGAGAACUGGAACUAGAGGAAGACCUGUACGCCAAAUUAAUAUUCCUGUACCGCUCACCAGAGACGAUGAUCAAAUGGACUAGGGAAAAAACUAAUUGAUCUCUUUGAAGUCACACUGCAAAUCAAGUUGACUUCCUCUGAAUUUUAAAAAAGCACAAUAUUCUCAUAAGAGCUAAGCCUUUUAUAGUUAGGUAGCAAUGAUUUUUCACUGACUGAGUCCAGGAAGCUACUUCCUUAGGAAUCCAUGCUGCCUUUCAAAUUAAGGAUUAAUGGUGAAGAAGAUUCGUUUGAUUUUUUUUUUUAAAUGCCCACUCCUCUAAAAUCAGGGGACCUUGUUUUGUAAUUUAAUCAACCAAAUGUUCUGCAUCCUUGACUGGGUAAGUUAAUCUUCCGGACAUUAAAUUUCUACCGUUAAAGAAAAAGGAAAGAAAGAAACGAUCCCUCAGAUGACUUCACUGGACCUUUUCUGGAGUGAUAGUUUGUGCAAUAUGCUGUUGUACGUCACUGACUUUCAAGAUACAGUAAUGGGAAUCUGACUAGCCUUCAGGAUAACCAUGCCAAAAGGCCACAGUGCGAGCUGAAGAAAUGCUAGCCAUAUCCAUUUUUAGAAAAGCAGAGGUUUUGAUGUACAGAAUACUCUGUGGACAACUCUCUGCAAGCAAAAAGAAAACAAGUGACAAUCUCUUUAGUUACCUUAUUUUAUUUGUACUGUCCCAGGAGACAUUUCCAUGAAACAUCAAUGACUUUUCUCAGGAAAAAAAAACUUGGUUUUAGCACUUAGUUAAACCUUAAUGAAUUAUGGAGUAUUGGGAUGUUCUGCUGGGCUAUCUUCCCACAAUUACUGCUUUCCUUUAGACAGAGAAAAACCAACUGAAUGAUUAAGGAGCUGUUUCACUUCUUAUAUCUCUUUGAAGACUGAAUAGUGUGUGCUACUCUGUGCUUCCCCAGUACAUGCUUUUCCCUCCAUUUUGACGAUUUAAGGCAAUGGUUUUGUUAUCUGAUAUUCUCCUUCCAGUGUUUCAGGUAUACAGAAAUGUUUACAUAUUCCAAUUGACAUUUUUACAUCCGAGACGGGUUUUUUAAGUUCCCAAAUAUAGAAGUACAUAUGAGCUUGAAAAAUGGCCUUUUCUUAAAUUACUCUUGUUGGUGUCACAAACGGUUCAUUAGAGAACAUUGUAGCAUGAAAAUUUAUGAUUGCAAUGUAGGUUUAAUUCCAUGUUAAAAAAAUGCAAUUUCUGAAAAACAAACUCCUUGAGUGGGUGGGUAUGGUACAAGGUUAGACUGUGUAGUUUUGAUUCAGUAAUGACUUAAAAUAAAGCACAUGAUGCAAAGUCAUUUUAGAGGUAUUUUUUCUUCUUCCUCUUUACACUAAAUGGGAAAUGUCUUUAUAUAGUUAAC